CUGUAACUGCUUACCUGGUGUGAUUAAUUACGUUUCUCUCUUCAUCUAUCGCUCUGGGACCCUGUAGCGCCAUGUUGAUGUUCAAAAUGUGUAAGUUGGUUUCAAUCAAGCGAAGCGAUGCUAUUGUUGAACCUAAUGAACCACUUUGACCGAUACAGUUUUGGGUGCUCUCAGAGCAGCAAUCCCUGCCAUUUUCGGCCGGCCAGAAGGGAUGCCAUACCUACGCUACGUGAUGGCUUGCGGACUCCGAGCAAUGAGCUUCGAUUCUCGGUACAACAACCCCCAGGGAACUGGCGCUGUGGAGGCCUACAAAGUAUUUGCAAAGCAACAGAAAAUCGAGCCAAUUGUUGUGCAGCUGAAUGGAGGAGGAGAAGGGUAUUGGUUUGGGCCAACGAGCGCAAAGAAAGUUGUGCUAUUCUUUCCUGGCGGAGCAUACUCGAAUCCAGCCUCGGAAGGGUUCUUUCUCAGAUAUAAGAGCUUGGUGGCCGCCGCAAAAUCGCAAGAUGUGGACUUGGCCGUAUUUGUGUUAUCUUAUGAUCUCUCGCCAAAGGCAACAUAUCCUACCCAAUUGAAGCAGGCGGCAGGAUCCCUCGAAUAUCUUCUCAAGAACAAGGGGUUGACGCCCGCAGGCAUCAUCCUCGCUGGCGACUCUGCUGGCGGUAAUCUUGCGCUGGCUAUGCUUUCUCACCUCUCACACCCACAUCCGGAUGUCCCCGUCGUCGACUUAGGCGGCCAGGUCCUCCGUGGCGUGGCCUUGAUAUCGCCCUGGGUAUCCUUCGAUUAUGACACACCAUCGGCAAAAGCGAAUCAAGACAUAGACAUGAUCAGCGCGUUCGGCUGCAAGGGAGCAUCGAAGCAGUUCUUGGGAUCUGUAGAUGAGGAUGAGUAUACCGUGCCAUUACGCGCGAGUCCAGACUGGUGGAAGAACGCGAAAGCCGAACAGACCCUGAUCACCAGUGGCUCGUACGAGAUAUUUGCCUCUGAUAUUGCCUCGUUUGCGGAGAAGUACCAGGUGCAUAAUUCCAGAACAGAGGUGUACGAGGCCAAGUAUGAAAUUCACGAUCAGGGACUGAUAGAUACCAUGCUGGGCUACGAGCUUCCUGAGAGUGAGAAGCUGAUGCAGAGAUGGAUCCUAGAAUCGUUAGGGCGUGUACCAUUGUGAAUGUUUGAAAGACCUGGAUACGUGCUGGGGAUCUGACCGAGGAAAGCUCGCUUAUUCA